UUUAGAUUGCUCAUCUCUCUCUCACUCUCUCUAUCUCUCUAUCCAUGUCAGUAGAAGCACCCGUGACCUCUCUCUCUGUCAAUGAUUCUCUGAUUCAGCUUCACUUUCCAGUCCCACAUGUAAACAAGUACCAACUUUACCUGUAUAUAAACCAUGACACAAGCCAAUUCACACAGCACUUGUAGUUCCAAACUUCAUUCCCCCACCUUGUCAUUCUUUUCCGCACAACAUUCUCUCUGAGAAUGUCAAAUUUUCAUAUCAUUUUCUAUGGUUUAGUUGUGGUAAUUCUUCUUCUGCAUAAUCCAAGUGCAACACAAUGCCACACCAAGGGAAUUCGACCUAAGCCAGGGAAUGGUUUAUCUAUCAACAUGACCAGAGCUCAAUUUUCAGAACAACAGUUCAUGAAAUGGGUGAGAUUUGUGGGUGGCCUCAAACAUUCUAUCUUUAGGACAGCAAAUAAUAAGCUUUUUCCUUCUCACACUUUGCACGUUUCUAAGAAGCCCGGUAAAGGAUACUUUACCUCAAUUCAAGCUGCCAUUGAUUCCAUUCCAUUCAUCAAUAUAUUUAGAGUGGUAAUUAAGGUCCAUGCAGGGGUUUACACGGAGAAAGUUAGCAUUCCUCCUUUCAAAUCCUACAUAACGAUACAAGGAGCAGGAGCAGAUAAGACUAUCGUUCAAUGGGGUGACACAGCUCAAAGCCAGCCACUAAGAACCUAUGGUUCUGCAACUUUUGCUGUGAAUGCUCCUUAUUUCAUAGCCAAGAACAUCACAUUCAAAAACACUGCCCCGGUUCCAGCACCAGGAGCAGUUGGAAAGCAAGCAGUGGCAUUGAGAAUUUCAGGAGACACAGCAAUAUUCCUAGGCUGCAAAUUCUUAGGGGCACAGGACACACUCUAUGAUCAACUGGGUAGGCAUUACUAUAAGGAUUGUUACAUUGAAGGCUCUGUUGAUUUCAUAUUUGGCAACGCUCUCUCUCUCUUUGAGGGAUGUCACGUGCAUGCCAUAGCACAGCUUACAGGGGCCCUAACAGCACAAGGAAGGAGCAGUUUAUUAGAAGACACGGGAUUCUCGUUUGUUCACUGUAAGGUCACGGGUUCGGGGGCACUUUACCUUGGAAGGGCUUGGGGUCCCUUUUCUCGCGUUGUCUUUGCUUACACUUACAUGGACAACAUCAUCAUUCCCAAAGGAUGGUAUAACUGGGGCGACCCUAACCGUGAAAUGACUGUGUUCUAUGGACAGUACAAAUGCACAGGACCAGGAGCAAGCUACGCGGGGAGAGUAUCAUGGUCAAGGGAGCUAACCGAUGAGGAAGCUAAGCCAUUUAUUUCACUUAGCUAUAUUGAUGGCUCUGAAUGGAUCAAUCUUUCUAUUUGAAUUUAUCUGCUUACAAAAUCCAUUCUGAUGUAUAAAUAUAAUUUACAAUUUCAUAGUGCUUGCUUCACUUAUCACAA